UCAGUUCUCUUCGUUGCAAUGAGCUGCUGCAUCCACAUAGCUGUCGGCGGGCGACAGUCGUGAAUCUUUGGCAUUUCUGUUGCUCCAAUGGCAAAUACUAUGUGCCCGUGGCAUUGCUUCAUCUGCUCAAACAGAGACUACGGGAAAGUGGAAAUUUCUUCAAUAUACUACGAGAUACUAUUUGGUAUCAUCAGCAGUUGACAUUGGGCGGCCUUAUCAAUGGCUGGGUAAUUGCCACCACAAUGUGUGCUUUACGGCACCUGCUUGGAGAGUUUCAACUGUAUUCUCUAGUUUUUCUACCUUCCAUUGUGGGUGGCGCCUUUACGACAUUUCUGCCAGAACGUGUUAAACAUCUCCAGCACACAGGAAUUUUCCAAUCGUUUAUAGAAAGUCUACUUCUGCAGAGAAAAUUACCAAUGACUGGACUAUUAUCCUCUUCACUGACACUUCAAACUUUGGUUUUCAUGUGCUGCAGUGCCAUAAUUAUGGAAGGCAAGCAAAAGGGUUGGCACAAGGGUUUCUGGUUCCUAAGGCCAGAGGCAAUUGCUUCAAAUGAUACCUGCACCCAUAAAGAUCCGAAUUGUGGUGUUCACAUUGUGAGAGGAAUGCGUAAUUAUUGCCUUAUCGGAUUGGCUUUGGAUAUGUUCAAGGCCUUGGUUAGCUGCACGAAAAGCGGCCAAUGGAAUCUAAGUCACUUUAGCUUGGAAUCUGUAUUCUGGCUGGUCUGCUAUAUUGGCAUCUACAGGGUCUCCCAUUGUUAUCUUAUGGGCAAAGAGGAUAACCGAAUUAGACAAAAACAUUUGUUAGCUAGCUUCCUGGCUGGUCUUAGCUUCAUUUGCUAUCCAAAACGUACAAUUUUGACCUUUGGACUAUUGGAAGCCAUUCGUUCUCUUUGGGCCAAAUACAAGCCAUCAUUCAAAUGUGGUUAUGGCUGGAGUGAUGUGUUAUUCCCCAUGAUUCUUGCCUUUCUCAUACACAACUAUGUCCUGGAUCCUAGUAGUGUUAGUGGCCUGGCAGCUGUCAUUAUUAAUAACACAACGGCCAAUUACGCUUUGAACAUUAACAAACGUUUGCUUCAACUGCAACCAACUAAGGGCCGGCAGACUUAGUAUUACAAAUGCAUACUAAGUACACAUAAUAUACAUACAUAUAUAUAUCGUAUAUAUUUGAAAA